UAUUCAUAUUUUGUUAUGUUCCUUCUAGCAAUUAAGAAUCAAGUAACGGGGAAAUUCAUUUUAAAUGAAGACAACUAUGUACCGGAUUCUAAAGUAUUUGUGGACAUGGGUGUGGAAUGGGAAUACCGGAAUGAUAAUGACAGAGAAACAGUGCAGACCAUGGGGCCUUUGCACAAUGGAAUAGUCAUCCUGGUGAUUCCGCGGGGUGGUGCCAAGAUUUCUUUGACUUACAAAUACAUGAUCCAUGAAGACUCCUUAAAUGUAGAUAACAACAAUGUUUUGGAAGAUAAUUCAGUAACAUAUGAAUGGGCUCUGAAAAAAUGGUCCCAGUGUUCAAAACCUUGUGGAGGAGGUUAUCAGUUUACAAAAUAUGGUUGCCGGAGAAAGACAGACCACAAGAUGGUUCAUCGGAGUUACUGCGAGACGAUCCAAAAGCCAAAGCCUAUUCGCAGAGUGUGCAAUCUGCAGGAAUGUUCCCAACCAAUAUGGGUUACAGGAGACUGGGAGCCCUGCAGCAAAAGCUGUGGAAAAACAGGUUAUCAAGUGCGUUCUGUACGGUGCAUCCAACUCCUGCACGACAACACAAAUCGUUCUGUUCAUACCAAAUAUUGCAACACUGAGCGUCCCGAAGGCAGAAGGCCUUGCAAUCGAGAACUUUGUCCUGGACAGUGGAGGCUGGGACCCUGGUCACAGUGCUCUGUAACUUGUGGUAAUGGCACCCAGGAAAGGCAAGUUUUGUGCAGGACAAAAGCCGAUGCCAGUGGUUAUUGUAAAGAAGACAAACCAGAGACAGUGAGGAUCUGCAGACUAACUCUGUGCCCCCGAAAUGUUUCUGAUCCAUCAAAGAAAACCUACAUGAUACAAUGGCUGUCAAGACCCGAUGGAGAAUAUCCCAUCCAGAAAAUAUCUUCAAGGGAGCAGUGCCAAGGAGACAAGUCCAUGUUUUGUCGCAUGGAUGUUCUCUCUCGUUACUGUUCCAUUCCUCGGUACAAUAAGCUGUGUUGCAAGUCCUGUAAAACGUAUAACAACAUAACCAAGGAUGACAACAUAACUGACUCUAACGGACGUAAGAAUGACAUUGAAGAGAACCUCCUGCCUACCCUCACUCCUCCUACAGGGGUUCUUGUCAUGCAGACUACUGCUGGACCCCUUCUUGUUUCCAAAUCAAACACUACCCGUUCCAAUGCAACUGAGGACCACCCAGAAAUUAAUGUAGUAGACGUGCCAUAUAAAAUCGACGGGCUGGACAAUGAAGUACCACAGCACAACAUCAUCCCAAGGAGGAAGCUCCCUUAUGAAAGGACAAAGAACCAAAGGAUUCAGGAGCUGAUAGCUGAGAAAAGGAAAAAAGAGACGAAGAGAAAGCUACGUUAAACUGGAAAUACGGCGCAAAUGACUUUUUUUUCUCUUAUAGAGAUUUUACCACUACCAUAGUAAUGCCCAUGUCAUAGAAGCUAGAAAAAGAAAAAAUAACGGUGCUAUGGCAGUAAUGCCAAAUUCUAACAUCUACCACAAAGAGAAAUGUAGGAUUGUUUCAAAGUACUAGUAUAAACAUUUUGAUGGGCUAGGAUUACAGGGUGCUAUAAUGUACUAGUGCAAUAUCAUUACAGUAUUUCACUGAAUCCAAACAAACCAUAAUACCUAGCCCAGAUCAGCAGGUUUUUGGAUUAUCGGCUGUCUUCACCCCUCAAUGCAUUGCAUAACUCCCAGGAAAUGAUAAUAGAUGUUACAGUCAGCAAACAGACCCUGUUACUGACAGAUGCCUUUAAUAGUGUCUAUCAAGAGACACGUUGCAUCAAAACAUACACUAAAUUACUCCCAGAUUCAGAAAGGUAUUUAAAUAUAUGCGUGAUUUUAAACAUGUCCUGUUGCCUUAAAUGGAACUAUUUUCAUGGCUACAUUUACAUGGACACUUACAUACUUUUCUUAUCUGGGAUCUUAUGUUUGAGAUUAUUUGUACAACCAUGUAUUUAAUCAAAGUUCAGAACUGAUAACCAGUAUUUUGCAUGUUCCCAUAAACAACUUCAAAGCAUUUUUUUCUAAGCAGUUGAAUCUAUAAAAAAUAUUUACUGUUUGACUGGACCUAUACAGUUUAGUCCGACAAUGUCCUAGCCUUUUGUUUACAAGAAUCUUUGUUCCAUAAUCAUUAAAUUCCUGCAAUACAAUAUGCCCAAUGGUUUUAGUGGCCAUUCUUUUUGGUCUACCUUUUAUCCACACUCUGGCUCCAUCUACACUGCUUUGUUUUUGCAGAAGAGGAAAUGCAAAUGAACUGCUCAUUAGCAUUUCUCAUGCUCUCAUU